CUGCGGGCUCCGAAGUCUGCCAGUCUGACGCCCCUUCCCGUUGCAGGCGGGCCCCCGGGGCUCGGAGCCGAGCGCAUCCUGGCGGUGCCGGUGCGCACUGACGCCCAGGGCCGCCUGGUGUCCCACGUGGUGUCAGCAGCGGCGGCCGCGGUGGGGGUGCGAGCCCGCAGGGCUGCCCCGGUCCAGGGCUUCGCCGGGGGCAGCGAGGAGGACCCCAGCGGCCGCCUCUACUACAACGUCACGGUUUUCGGGCGAGACCUGCACCUGCGGCUACGACCCAACGGCCGCCUCGUGGCUCCCGGGGCCACUGUGGAGUGGCAAGGUGAGACGGGUGCCACGCGCGUGGAGCCCCUGCUGGGGACCUGCCUCUACGUCGGGGACGUGGCCGGCUUGGCUAGAUCCUCCUCCGUGGCGCUCAGCAACUGCGAUGGGCUGGCUGGUCUGAUCCGGAUGGAGGAGGAGGAGUUCUUCAUCGAGCCCCUGGACAAGGGGCUGGCGGCGCAGGAGGCCGAGCAGGGCCGCGUGCACGUGGUGUACCGGCGACCACCCACGCCCAAGCCCCCUCUCCUCGGGGGCCCACAGGCCCUGGACACAGGGGCCUCCGCAGACAGCCUGGACAGCCUCAGCAGGGCCCUGGGCGUCCUGGAGGAGCGAGUGAACCGCACCCGCCGGAGGGUGCGCAGACACACGGCGGACGACGACUACAACAUCGAGGUGCUGCUGGGCGUGGACGACUCUGUGGUCCAGUUCCACGGGAAGGAGCACGUGCAGAAGUACCUGCUGACGCUCAUGAACAUCGUCAACGAAAUCUACCACGAUGAGUCGCUGGGGGCCCACAUCAACGUCGUCCUGGUGCGCAUCAUCCUGCUGAGCUACGGGAAGUCCACGAGCCUCAUCGAGAUCGGGAACCCCUCCCAGAGCCUGGAGAACGUCUGCCGCUGGGCCUACCUGCAGCAGAAGCCGGACACAGGCCACGACGAGUACCACGACCACGCUAUCUUCCUCACACGGCAGGACUUUGGGCCCUCAGGCAUGCAAGGCUAUGCUCCUGUCACUGGGAUGUGCCACCCCGUUCGCAGCUGUACCCUGAACCACGAAGACGGCUUCUCCUCAGCGUUUGUGGUGGCCCACGAGACUGGCCAUGUGCUGGGCAUGGAGCACGACGGGCAGGGCAACCGCUGUGGGGACGAGGUGCGCCUGGGCAGCAUCAUGGCGCCGCUGGUGCAGGCUGCCUUCCACCGCUUCCACUGGUCCCGCUGCAGCCAGCAGGAGCUCAGCCGCUACCUGCACUCCUACGACUGCCUGCGGGACGACCCCUUCGCCCACGACUGGCCCGCGCUGCCCCAGCUCCCCGGGCUACACUAUUCCAUGAACGAGCAGUGCCGCUUCGACUUCGGCCUGGGCUACAUGAUGUGCACCGCGUUCCGGACCUUUGACCCCUGCAAACAGCUGUGGUGCAGCCACCCCGACAACCCCUACUUCUGCAAGACUAAGAAGGGGCCCCCCCUGGACGGGACUAUGUGUGCACCUGGCAAGCACUGCUUUAAAGGACACUGCAUCUGGCUGACACCCGACAUCCUCAAACGGGACGGCAACUGGGGAGCCUGGACCCCCUUCGGCUCCUGCUCACGCACCUGUGGCACAGGGGUGAAGUUCAGGACGCGCCAGUGUGACAACCCACACCCAGCCAAUGGGGGCCGCACCUGUGCGGGCCUGGCCUACGACUUCCAGCUCUGCAACCCCCAGGACUGCCCCGACACGCUGGCUGACUUCCGGGAGGAGCAGUGCCGCCAGUGGGACCUGUACUUUGAGCACGGCGAUGGCCAGCACCACUGGCUGCCCCACGAGCACCGCGAUGCCAAGGAGAGAUGCCACCUCCACUGCGAGUCCAGGGAGACCGGGGAGGUGGUGUCCAUGAAGCGCAUGGUGCACGACGGGACACGCUGCUCCUACAAGGACGCCUUCAGCCUCUGUGUGCGCGGGGACUGCAAGAAGGUGGGCUGUGACGGGGUGAUCGGCUCCAGCAAGCAGGAGGACAAGUGCGGCGUGUGUGGUGGGGACAACACGCACUGCAAAGUGGUCAAGGGCACGUUCACUCGCUCUCCCAAGAAGCUCGGUUAUAUCAAGAUGUUUGAGAUCCCCGCGGGAGCCAGACACCUGCUCAUCCAGGAGGCAGACGCCGCCAGCCACCACCUGGCCGUCAAGAACCUGGAGACAGGCAAGUUCAUCUUAAAUGAAGAGAACAACCUGGACCCCAAUUCCAGAUCCUUCAUUGCCAUGGGCGUGGAGUGGGAGUACAGGAACGAGGACGGCCGGGAGACGCUGCAGACCAUCGGCCCGCUCCGCGGCACCAUCACCGUGCUGGUCAUCCCCGAGGGAGACACCCGGAUCUCACUGACGUACAAAUACAUGAUCCACGAAGACUCGCUCAACGUCGAUGACAACAACGUGCUGGAGGACAACUCUGUGAGCCACGAGUGGGCCCUGAAGAAGUGGUCUCCCUGCUCCAAGCCCUGUGGCGGAGGGUCACAGUUUACCAAGUACGGCUGCCGCCGGAGGCUGGACCACAAGAUGGUGCACCGGGCCUUCUGCAACGCCCUGGCGAAGCCCAAAGCCAUCCGCCGCACUUGCAACCCACAGGAGUGCUCCCAGCCCGUGUGGGUCACGGGCGAGUGGGAGCCCUGCAGCCAGAGCUGUGGGCGGACGGGCAUGCAGGUGCGCGCCGUGCGCUGCGUCCAGCCUCUGCACAACAACACCACGCGCUCCGUACACACCAAACACUGCAAUGACAACCGGCCCGAGAGCCGCCGGGCCUGCAACCGCGAGCUCUGCCCGGGUCGGUGGCAGGCCGGGUCCUGGUCCCAGUGCUCCGUGACCUGCGGCAACGGCACCCAGGAGCGGCCCGUGCUCUGCCGCACAGCGGAUGACAGCUUCGGCAUCUGCCGGGAGGAGCGGCCUGAGACGGCGAGGGUCUGCAGGCUCGGUCUCUGUCCCCGAAACACCUCGGACCCUUCCAAGAAGAGCUACGUGGUUCAGUGGCUGUCCCGCCCGGACCCCGACUCGCCAGUCCAGAAGAUCUCAAAGGGCCACUGCCAAGGUGACAAGUCCAUGUUCUGUAGGAUGGAAGUCUUGUCUCGCUAUUGCUCCAUUCCAAGCUACAACAAGCUCUGCUGCAAGUCCUGCAACCUGCGAAACGCCACCGGUGCCGACGACGAAGCAGAGCCUCUGCCCGGGAAGCACAACGACAUUGACGUGUUCAUGCCCACACUCCCGGGGCCCACGCUAGCCGCGGAGGCGCAGUCUUCACCCGGACCCCCGCUGGAGGUCCCUGUCAAUGCCUCCAUCACCAACGCCACAGAGGACCACCCGGAAGCCAACGCCGUAGACGUGCCCUACAAAAUCCAGGCCCUGGAUGAUGAAGCCCAGCCGCCCAACUUAAUCCCCCGACGACCGAGUCCGUAUGAAAAGACCAGGAACCAAAGGAUCCAGGCGCUCAUUGAUGCCAUGCGGAAGAAAGAGACGCUCGGGAAGUUCUAAUAAAGUGGAAAGAUAGCAUCAGUA